AUGGCGACCGAUAUUGCUACGAAGGAGCUUCACAAGCCCGUUGACGUUGCUGAAUAUCUCUUCCGCCGUCUGUAUGAGGUUGGAGUGCGUGCAGUGCAUGGAGUUCCUGGCGACUACAACCUCGCGGCCCUCGACUACUUGCCCAAGUGUGGCCUCCAUUGGGUAGGAAACUGCAAUGAACUCAAUGCAGGAUACGCGGCGGAUGGUUAUGCUCGAAUCAAUGGUAUCAGUGCCCUGGUAACCACCUUUGGAGUGGGAGAAUUGUCCGCUCUCAACGCGAUCGCUGGAGCCUACUCGGAGUUUGUUCCAAUCGUCCACAUUGUCGGUCAGCCUCAUACCAGAUCACAGAGAGAUGGAAUGCUGCUCCAUCACACAUUGGGCAAUGGAGACUUCAAUGUAUUUGCCAAAAUGAGCGGGGGUAUCUCCUGUGCUAUGGGCCGUCUGAACGAAACACACGAGGUGGCCACGCUCAUCGAUAACGCAAUCCGCGAGUGCUGGCUUCGCAGCCGACCGGUUUAUAUUGGACUCCCCACCGAUAUCAUUGUCAAGAAGAUUGAAGGCCAGCGACUUGACACACCUCUCGACCUGUCACUCCCUCCAAAUGACCCCGAAAAGGAAGAUUAUGUGGUCGACGUCGUUCUCAAGUACUUGCAUGCAGCCAAAAACCCGGUCAUCCUCGUGGACGCCUGCGCGAUUCGGCAUCGGGUGCUCGACGAGGUUCAUGACUUGAUGGAGACCUCGGGCUUGCCCACGUUUGUGGCCCCAAUGGGCAAAGGUGCUGUGGAUGAAACUCGCAAGAACUAUGGUGGUGUCUAUGCAGGAACUGGGUCCAACCCUGGAGUCCGCGAACAGGUCGAGUCUUCCGACCUUAUCCUCAGCAUUGGGGCCAUCAAGUCUGACUUUAACACCACCGGAUUCUCCUACCGCAUUGGACAGCUGAACACCAUCGAUUUCCACAGCACGUACGUUCGCGUGAGGUAUUCCGAGUAUCCCGACAUCAAUAUGAAGGGCGUUCUGCGGAAGGUCGUCCAAAGGAUGGGCCAUGUCAACGCCCUGCCCGUCCAGAGGCUCUCCAAUGCUUUACCCGACAAUGAGAAGGGAUCGUCCAGCCAGGAGAUUACUCACGCGUGGCUGUGGCCUAUUGUGGGUCAAUGGCUGAAAGAACGAGACAUUGUCAUUACUGAGACUGGUACUGCCAACUUUGGUAUCUGGGACACGCGUUUCCCGGCGAAUGUGACCGCCAUCAGCCAGGUUCUCUGGGGUAGCAUCGGCUACUCUGUCGGGGCUUGCCAGGGUGCUGCGUUGGCUGCGAAGGAACAGAACAACCGUCGAACCGUGCUCUUCGUGGGCGACGGUAGUUUGCAGCUUACUGUCCAAGAGAUCAGCACCAUGAUCCGAAACAACCUCAACCCGAUCGUGUUUGUCAUCUGCAACCAAGGAUACACUAUCGAACGUUUCAUCCACGGAUGGGACGAGGCGUACAACGAUAUCCAGCCUUGGGAUAUCAAGGGCCUGCCUGUCGUGUUCGGCGCCAAGGACAAGUAUAAGGGAUACCGGGUCAAGACUCGGGAUGAGCUGACGAAAUUAUUUGCCAAUGAUGAAUUUAACUCGGUUCCUUGUCUUCAGUUGGUGGAGCUCCACAUGCCUCGGGACGACGCCCCGGCGUCCUUGAAGCUGACUGCCGAAUCGGCUGCUCACAGAAACGCUUGA